AUGGCCACCAUGCCGCCGGCGCUGCCGCCGUCCCCGUCCCCGCCCCCGCCCCCACCCCUGCGCACCGCCUUCUCGCCUCGCUGCACCGCCCUUCAGAACCCAUCGACCUACAUGUACCACUGCCAGCUUCUCAACGGCGCGCCCCAGGGGUAUGCGUCGCCGCGCCACGCGCGCGCGCGGCCCCCUCGGGAGCGGGAGCGGGACCUCGCCGCUUCCUACGCGCGUGAGAUCGGCGCCUGCGUCCGCGAGCGGCGCUGGGGCGCAGCGUGCGAGGCGUUUGCGUCCAUGCGCACCGCGGGAGCCGCGCCAGACAGGUUCCUCCUCCCGCAGGUGCUCCGCGCUUGCGCCAGCCUUGGUGCGCCCCGCCUUGCGUCCGCCGCGCACGCGCUCGCCGCCAAGGGCGGGGCCGCGCUAGCGGGGGACCCCGUCGUCGGGAACGCGAUCGUCGCCAUGUAUGCGGCGCUGGGGGACGUGGCCUCCGCGCGCGCCGCGUUCGCGUCGCUGCCCGACCGCGACGUCGUGGCGUGGACCGCGCUCAUCAGCGCGCACGCCGAUGCUGGGGAGCUGGAAGAGGCCUUCGACCUGUUUGAAGAGAUGCAAGAGAGCGGUGUUCGCCCGGACAUGAUUUCGUGGAACACGCUGGUGUCUGGAUUUGCAAGAAGUGGUGACCUCGUUGCUGCUCUGCAUCUGUUUGACGAGAUGCGGCAAAGAGGUGUCGACCCGGGAGUCAAUUCUUGGAACUGCAUCAUCUCGGGUUGUGUGCAGAAUGCACUGUAUGACGAGGCUUUGGAGGUUUUUCAGGAGAUGUGUGAGAGUGAGAGGCCUGAUGCGGUGACUGUGGCUAGUAUUCUCCCUGCUUGUGCUGGUUUGCAGGCACUAGGCAUUGGGAAGCAGCUGCAUUCUUAUGUUUUGCGGUGUGGAAUCAAGAUCAAUGUUUAUGUUGGAGCAUCUUUGAUUAGUUUGUACUCUGAGUGCGGAGAAUUUGAUGAUGCGAGAGUUGUCUUUUCCACCAUUGAGGAGAAGAAUGUCAAUGUGUGGAAUGAGUUAGUUCAAUCAUAUAUCAGAGAGGGGAGGAUGAACAAAGCUUGGGAGGCUUUUGACUUGAUGCAGGAGGAUGGAUUGGAGCCUGACAUUGUCACCUAUAACAGUUUCAUUGCUGCAUAUGCUAAAGUGGGUCAGAAUGAACAAGCAUAUGAACUGUUUUCACGCAUGGCUGAUGUCGGCUUAAAGCCUAAUGUGGUCUCAAUGAAUGCAUUAAUUUGUGGUUUGCAUCGACAUGGCCUUUACACAGAUGCACUUGAAGCUUUCAGAUACAUGCAGCGUUCCAGUGAUGGAAAAGCAAAGGGUUGGACAUUUCUUGAUAAUUGUGGCCCAAUUCAACCAACUGGCACAACCAUUACUGGUGUCCUCUCGUUAUUGGCAGACCUCAAAUUAGAUCGUCUUGGGAAGGAAGUACACUGCUAUGCUUUAAAGAAUGGUUUGACAUCAAACAUCUAUAUUUCAAGCAAACUAGUCGACCUUUAUGGUAAGACUGGUGACAUGACGUCUGCUGUUAAUGUCUUCCAGAGAAUUGGGAACAAGAAUGUUGUCACAUGGAACAGUCUGAUGGCAGCCUACAAGCAUAAUUGGAAGCCAGAAGUAACACUGAAGCUGCUCGGUGAAAUGCUCCAGUCCAAUUUGCAUCCCAAUUUGGUUACAGUACACAUAGCUCUUAUGUCGUGUGGUGUGACAAUGGCAUUGGGAUAUGGUAGAGAACUGCACAGCUACAUCACAAAAUGCUGGCCUGGUGGUUACCCAGCUACUCUUGCAAGUGCUUUGAUAAAUAUGUAUGGUAAAUGUGGUAAUAUUGAGGAUGGCAGGUUGGUUUUCAAGUCCACGGUUCCAAAGGACGUAGCAGUAUGGAAUGCAAUGAUGAGUUGCUACUUGCUUCAUAGGAUGCCUAGGGAUAUUAUAGAUCUGUUCAAUUAUUUGGAACAGUCUGGUAUUCAACCAGAUCACAUUACUUUCAUUUUACUUCUUUCAGCUUGUAAGCAAGAAGGUCUGUUCGAGGAAGCUCAGAGCUAUUUCUACAAUAUGGAAGAUGUAUAUGGCAUAAAACCAUCUUUAAAACACUAUACUUGCAUGGUUGACAUCAUGGGAUCAGCCGGGCUACUUGCGGAGUCACUGACACUUAUCCAGAAGAUGCCGCUGAAACCAGAUGCAUGCCUAUGGUCUACUGUGCUUAAAGCUUGUAAGCUGCACUCAAAUCUAGAGAUUGGGGAAAAGGCAGCAAAAGCUCUUUUCGAGCUUGAACCAAAUAAUCCUUCAAACUACAUGGUGCUUUCGAAUAUAUAUGCAGACACAGGCUUGUUGGAUGCCACCGAGGCUGUGAGGGAUGCCAUGACAGAGCAAGGAUUACAUGUUGAGAGACAAUGCAGCUGGUUAUACAAUGGUACGACUGUGCACUCUUUCGAGGCUGGAAAUUUGUCGCAUCCUGCAAUUGAUGCAAUUUUGAGUACAUGGAAACAUUUAACUAUCAGGAUGGAGCAAUCUGGGUACUCCACUGAAGAUAUUGGCCCCUAUUACAAUGUAGAAGUUGAUCCACUGUCAUGCCACCACACAGAGAAGAUUGCGGUGUGUUAUGGGCUUAUCUCCACAUAUGAUCACCAACCAAUACGCAUCUCAAAGAAUUUUAGAAUGUGCAUGGAGUGCCAUUCAUCCAUCAAGUUCAUCUCAAGGGAUAAGAACCGGGAAAUAAUCGUUUCAGAUGGUUGCACCUAUCACCAUUUUAAGGAUGUUUGCUCUCCUGGGAGCCAGGGCAACAGAUAUGACCAGCUUCAUGUUCCUCAAGAGAUCCAAUCAGAGGCCAAGUAUUAA